AUGAAUGAUCCUGGUCAAUCUUUGCCAUCAUUUGAUAUAAACUUCAUUAAAAUCAAUCAACUAGCAUAUAAAUUCAAUAAAACAAUCACGAUAGAUAACGAAUAUAAUGAACAGCUAAUUGAUAUUUCUUCACAAUGCUUAGAGCUCAUGGAAAAGUACCAAGCACUAAAUCCAUCAUACAUUUUAAUGAUAUCUUAUUUGCAGUCCACACAAACUCAAAAUAUUACUAGAAGUACACACAAAUCCCAAGUUCAAUAUGAUGAAACAUGGGCGCUACAAAUAAACCAAAAAUUUGAAAAGUCAAGAUUGAUGUUAAACAAAGACAUAGCAGCAUACAAUGAUCAAAGUCAAGGUUUGAAAACAGAAGAAUCGGUGAAUUUAUUUCAAAAAAUUAAAACCAUAGUUAUCAAACUAGUUAUUCAAAAUAAUUAUGAAGAUGCAUUAACUUAUUUGAAUCAGUUCGCCAAUUUAGUUGAUUUUUCAUCACAACCCAAAACUAAAGAACAGUUUAAAAAUAAUAAAUAUAUCGAAUUUUUAUUUUUCCGAUAUGUUAUUAAUUUGUUCAGUUUAAUUUGGUUCCCAAACAAUAAUGAUAGUAACGAAAAAAAUUUGGAAAUUUUUGAUGACGAUGCUGGCAUUCCAUCAAACGCAAUAUCUACUACAUCAUUUAAAGCUUUAACUAAAAUAUAUAAUCUUUCAAUUACGUAUCAUUCAAAAAACAUUUUAUUAUUUGACGAACAAGAUGAUGAAACAAAAUACUUUCAUACCAUAAGUUUAAUGAAUUUGGCUGUAUUGUUUAAGCAGUUUCAAUUCAUCGAUUUUUACAAGGAGUUCACAUCUUUGUUUUUAUCAAAUAAUGAAUCACUGAAGUAUUUGUUUUCAAAUUUUUUAAGUGGCCAAUCAUUUAUGAGAGAAACUUUAUUAGCCAUGUAUUUAAUAGCUUUGAUGUUUGUUAAACCAUUUGGUGCAUUGAGAUCAAUAAUUUUAGAUAAUGAAGAGAUCGCAGAUUUGAUAUGUGAAGAUCCAAAUACAAUUGAAUUCAAAUUGUACAAUCUCAUCAUAAAACCAUUGAGCAAAUUCAAUAUAAUAGAAGUUAAAAAGAAUUUACAAAGUGUUCAGUUAAAUCUUGAAAUUAUUUCAACUAUCGGGUAUUUGUUUCCAAAGUCGAAUCUGAAAGAGUCUACUCAAGAUCCAUUUUUAUCAUAUGCGCAUCGAAUGAUUGAUCUCAAAAACUUUCUUCUAGUUUUGUCCAAUUGCUCCAGAGUAUCAAAAUCAGAUUUGUUUAGACUUUUAGGCUAUGAUGUAAGGGUGUCGGACGUCGAAAAUUCCUCCACGUUGACUGAAUUGACUGAAUCAUUCAUUAUGGUUAUGUCAGCAUUACAAUUGGGAAAAGUUGGUAUUAAAUACUCUAUUCAAGAUGAAGUGUUUAUAAAUAGUUUUGAUGAAUCACAUUUAAAGAAGGAAAUGGUCAAAACUCAAGGUGAAAUUGACAAUUUGACCAUUGAUAUUACAGCCGAAUCUACAUGUGCCCUAUUGACUAAUGUUUUGACUGAAAAGUAUUUUCAGCUUGAAGAAUAA